CAAAACAACUGCGCAGAGGAGAGCUAACAUGCGACGGGCGAUUUCACACCUCACAUUCUAACUUAAUUUGGCUCGUUGAAAUACAAAUGAGACCAUGAACACAGAGCAAAUAAUGUCUUAUGACAUUAAAUGCACCUUAAAACGUUCACGAUGCGUAGAGAAAUCGCUUAUAUGACGUCUUAACGAGAAUAUCAGUAUUACAGCUACUUGGAUAACUCCCCACGUUUUAAAGAGACUUCAUUGCCUGGUAUUAAAAAUGCACGCUAGUUUUGUGGUAAUGCGAGGAUGUUUUACUCUGCAGGUAAUGGCUCUUGCCGGCUUUUCAGAAUAUGAUAAAUGUAGUUAUCACAAGUGUAAAGCGAGUAAAUCCUCAUGCAUUUCAAUGCCUCGAAUAAUGUUAUCGAAAUGAAGUUAUUAAGGAUCUGUUUCCACAGAGGGCGAGUGAGAGAAACGCGCGCGGGCGGGGAUAUUGGCUCAUUCAUUGGGUCAUUGAAUACUUUGAUUGACACUUGAGAAGCAAAAGGUGCGGAAAGUUUCCUAUUGGUUGCCGAGGCGGUCUCAGUCUCCCCUGGUCUCGAGCGCAGCGCAUUUCAAGCAACUCAGCCGUGUGAGUCAGCAACAGCUACGGGGCUUCAGAGGUGGAGUUUCUACAGCUUCAAUACUUUGACUUCGGAGUCUUAUAAAAUUUAGAGGUAUUUGGCUCUCCCUCCCCAUUUUCUAGACAAAGAGGACUUCAUUUAAUUCAAGGCUCACCGCUUUUGGGGGCUGCAUUGACUGGGGAUCCUGACCAAGAGUUCAUAAUGAAGUCCCUUGCAUCUUUGUUCCUUUGCUGGAUCAUCAUCUUGAUUAUGUCACUGGUCUCAUUGGGCCAGACAUCUGAGUAUGUGUACGACACCUGGAAGUCAGAGAUAUACAACGGCGGCCGUAUCUACGACAAGCCUCCCCAGUGUGUGGACAUCCCAGAUGACCUGAGGCUCUGUCAUGGUGUGGGCUACAACCAGAUGCUGCUGCCCAACUUGCUGGAGCAUGAGACUAUGGCUGAGGUCAAGCAACAAGCGGGGAGCUGGGUGCCCCUGGUGCACAAGAACUGCCACCCGGGCACUCAGGUAUUCCUCUGUUCCCUUUUUGCCCCUGUGUGCCUGGAAAGGCCCAUCUACCCAUGCCGCUGGCUCUGCGAAAAUGUUCGUGAUGGCUGCACCCCCAUCAUGGAAGCGUUUGGGUUUCCCUGGCCUGAGAUGCUCACCUGCGAGAAGUUUCCUCAAGAUGAUGUGUGCAUCAGUGCGCCCAAUGCCACAGAGACCUCCCAGCCCACGGGAUACUCUCCAGUUUGUCCUCCUUGUGACAAUGAAAUGAAAACGGAUGUGAUUCUGGAUCACAUGUGUGCCAGUGAAUUUGCCAUAAAGACCAAGAUCAAGGAGGUCAAACGGGAGAAUAUGGAUCGCAAGGUGAUUCUGCAGAAGAGGAAAAAAACCCUAAAGCAGGGCACUUUGAAGAAAAAGGACCUGAAGAAACUCACUCUGUACCUGAAGAAUGGAGCCGACUGCCCCUGCACGCAGCUGGAAAAUCUCGGAAACACAUACCUUAUCAUGGGACGCAAGGUGGACAAACAGUACCUUCUCACCGGUAUUCACAAGUGGGACAAAUCCAGCAAAGAGUUCAAAAAGACCAUGAAAAAACUCAAAAGCCACAAGUGCCCUGCCUAUGAGAAUGUCUUCAAAUAAACACUCUCAGAGCUCCCACUCCCUUUAUGAACUUGCACAUCCAGGCAACCCAAAAUAUUGUUUUAUUUUUCAUUGUUUAUAUACUAUAUAUAUAUAUUUCUCAUGUAUUUUGUAGAUCAAACACUUGAGGUGUUUUGUUUUGGAUCUGUGCUGUAUAAGACUGAAAAGAUAAUGAAUGAUACAGUAGACAAACUCUCCACCAAAACCAACUGAUCACUUUUGUAUAUAUCCAAAUAUGUAUCUGUUGAUAAUAUCUUGUGAAAUAAUCAGAAUUCACCUGCAAAUGAUUGUUUAAUUUUCUUUUCUAACAAAAAAAAAAAAAAAAAAAAAGCUACAUGACAGAUUUCCAAACCAUAGUUCACAAUUUAUUAGUACAAUUUUGAACACACUGUGAAAGUACAUACCACAUAAGCCAUUUAGCCAAGCAGUGUGCUUUGAUUACAUUCUUUUCUGUGACCUGUACUGUGACCAUCAAGCAAUCAGUCAUCAAACUUGUUUAGCAAUUCUCUGUUGACUCUGAUAAGAGGUCUGCUUCUCGUAAGUACUGACAGGAUAUAUAUGCAUAACAUUUAUUGCACUGCUAAGUCCAUGUAUAUGACCAAUUGAAUUGCCCAGUCCCAUAUGAUUGGGUUGAUAAUAGAUUCUGUUUGAUGGUAGAAUAGUGUAUACAUAGGCUUAUACUUUAUCUGCUGUAGAAAAAAACUAUAUUUUCUGACUAGUAAAAUGAUUAUACAAGAACAGUAUUCAACAGCAUAUAGCAUCAUAUCAACAAUACUGCUAAAAUGUUCAUUGGUACAGGACAUUUUCCCAUGUAAUCCCACAACUCGCUAUUGUUAUUAGUGUGUAGUGCUGUUUGCAUUGCAGGUGAAAGGAGGCUUUAUUAAUGCCAAAACUUUUAACAUUUUAGCCAACAGCUUUGUCUAAACCAAUCAUUUAAGAAUGCAUUUUUUCCUUAAAAUGAUGUUGCUGUGGUGUAAAACUCUUAGUUUCAAUGUUCCUCCAUUCCCAUUUUUUAUGUUGGCAAUCAUUUUGUAUAUAAAAUUCUAGCACAAAUAUAAAAUAAAGACUAUAAAAAUGUU